ACAACGGCUGGCGUUCGCUUAUGUCAGAUGCUCAACUUUAUACAAUAAGUCUGAACAUAUCAACACUUGUGAGUCUUCUUAGGAAGAUGUUGACUAGGCAUAUGGCUAUGCCCACUUGGUUUUACAUUAGGGAAACCAUCUGAAAGUAGCUGGACUGUAUUACGGAACGCGUAUUUUUACAUUAUGAACAAUCACCGGUUAUAAUAACGGUUAUUCGAUCGAUUCGCUGCAACAUGCACCUCGUGCCUAUCGGAACCGCCCACCCUCUCUUCCUUCAACAUUUUAUGCGAAAUUACCCCGUGAACUAUGCGCGGAUUUACAGAAGGUCAACCGCUGAUAGACCUCGGUGCGAAGCUCUCGCGAAUACGAAGAAAAAAAAAAUGAACAAAUAAAAAGUUCGCUUUCAUCUCGACUCUCGGACUUUUUCGAUCCAAGACUUUUGCUGACCGAACAAACUUUUUGAGGAAUCUGCUGUUCGGGCGGAUUGAAAAUUCGUUACUCAUGUACGGCUGGUCGCAGGUACAUUCAAUUGCGAUUGUUAAGGGCGGUGAAUGGGUACUGCCAAUGGAAAGGUGGGGAUGGGUAUGCGUGUGUACUUAUAUUUCUAUAAAAAGUAUUCAGUUCUAGGGCAUGACGAGCCUUGUGACACUAGCCUAAUAAGCUCGAGAGAAUGACUAUCGGUCGAUGAGAAUCCAUACAAGUAUUUCGCUUCGCUUUCUUCCCCCAGGAAACUCGGAAACUUCUCAACUUAUAGGCGUUAUUCGCUGAUUCGCUUGCAUCCGCGGGCGUCAGUUCAUUUCAUACGCUCGAAUCGCGUCAGCGACGUUGGGAAUUGUCGUUAAAAACAAUUUUUCCAAAAUAAACUUAAACGAUCUCGACAUUCCGACUAAUGCGCGUCAAACGUUGCGACCGAAACUUCGAAAUCUGGGUCUUAUGAUUUCUUAUACGUAUACCUGAGAGAUUCGAAAAGUAAUUCCACCGCAGUUAAAAAUAGUCGAGGAAUAACACGAAGGACUUUGUGUUACAGCGAAAAUGGAUCUCGACGAUUAUCGCAGACAUGGUAAAGAGAUGGUGGACUACAUCGCGGAUUAUCUCGAGACCGUAAGGUCCCGUCGCGUUUAUCCGUCCGUCUCACCUGGCUACCUUCGUACCAUGCUGCCCGCGUCAGCUCCCGUGGAAGGCGAAUCAUUCGAGGCUAUAAUCGGAGACGUUGAAACCUGCAUUAUGCCGGGAAUAACUCACUGGCAAAGCCCUCACAUGCACGCUUAUUUUCCCGCGCUCAAUUCGCCCGCCAGUUUACUCGCUGAUAUGCUCGCCGAUGCUAUUAACUGCUUGGGAUUUACCUGGGCGUCGAGCCCGGCAUGUACGGAAUUGGAGAUGAUCGUGAUGAACUGGUUAGGGAAAAUGAUAGCUUUACCGGAAGAGUUCUUGCACUCGCCCGAGCGUUCAGGGGGAGGUGUAAUUCAGACAACAGCAAGCGAGGCGACAUUGGUGUGUCUAUUAGCGGCUAGGACCAGGGCGAUUAAGGACCAUCAGCAAACCGACCCGGAAGCCACCGCGAGCGACAUAAACGCGAGACUUGUCGGCUACUGUUCCGAUCAGGCGCAUUCGAGCGUUGAAAAAGCUGCUCUUAUUGGCCUCGUGCGGAUGCACUACGUGGAAUCAGAUGAUAAUCUCAGCAUGAGGGGGGAUAAAUUAGCCAACGCUUUGGACUCCGAUCGGAAGGCUGGACUCAUCCCAUUUUUUGUUUGCGCGACAUUGGGUACCACCGGGGCAUGUUCAUUUGAUAAUCUUAAAGAGAUUGGUCCCAUCUGUGUGAAGAACGGACUUUGGCUGCACAUCGACGCUGCUUACGCCGGCAGCGCCUUCGUUUGCCCGGAAUUCAGGUCUUGGCUUCAAGGAAUCGAAUAUACCGAUUCAUUUGCUUUUAACCCGAGUAAAUGGUUGAUGGUACACUUCGAUUGCACCGCGAUGUGGGUGAAGAGCAGCCAAGCGUUGCACCGAACUUUCAACGUAGAUCCGUUGUACUUAAAGCACGAGAAUUCAGGCCUUGCUAUUGAUUACAUGCACUGGCAAAUACCGUUGUCCAAAAGGUUUAGAGCGCUCAAACUUUGGUUCGUGUUGAGGAACUUCGGUAUUACCGGACUUCAGAAACAUAUACGUGAGGGUGUCAGAUUGGCGCAGAAAUUUGAGGCGCUUGUCUUAGCUGAUAAUCGCUUCGAGAUCCCAGCCCCUAGACAUCUCGGAAUGGUGGUUUUUCGCCUCAAAGGCGACAAUUCGCUGACGGAAUGCUUGCUGAAGAGAAUGAACUCCAGAGGACGAGUUCAUUGCGUACCCGCUGCUCUUCAUGGAAAAUACGUGAUUAGAUUUACCGUCACGUCAACGCGAACUACUGGAGACGAUAUAUUGAGGGAUUGGACAGAAAUUCGAGGUACGGCGUCUGAAAUACUUGGAGCGCUGAACGGAUCACCGGCGAGAAUAAAAGUAUCCCUAGCAGAAACUCGACAGAAGAACGAAGCUUUUGGAUCUAGUCUUUUACUAGCAAAUUCUCCGAUGUCCCCCAAAAUAGUAAAUGGCAGUUUUGCAGCCAUAUAUGAUACAGCAGAUAUAUUCAACGAGUGUAUGAAAACCUUUGGACGAAACCCUUCCGAAGGCACGGACAGUCCAGCGAUGCGACGACGCAUUAAAGGCAUACUAAUGUCAGGCAAACAAUUUUCUUUAGACUCUCGCAUGGACUUAGUUAAGGGUAUCGAGACCUGUUGCAGACCAAUUGCAGAUUCGCCGGAGCUACCACAAAUGAAAGAAGACGAAGACUCCACUGGGAGUCAAAACAUCCGCCACGCCACAAAAUAAAUUUAAAAAAGUUAAAGAUUUGUGAAUGUGAAGAUCUGGCCAAGUAAUCUACCGUUUCAGAACAGAACAGGCUAUAGAACAGAAGCAACUGCAUUACUAUGCAUUGAGAACGUAAAUAAAUUAUCGAAUAUUAUUGAGAUUAAUAUAUAUAUAUAUAUAUUGCAUUUUUCAAUUCACUAAUAAAUUGAAACCGAGCCGAUAUGCUGCUAUAAAAAAAUAUCAUGUGCGCGCAUGUACACAACUAGAAAUCUAAGUUUACCGAUGCUUUUUUGCAAUUUUAAUAAUUACUGAAAACGUUAUCUAAAAUCUGAGAAUGUAAACAGAAUAAAUGUAUAGCAACCAACUAGAAAUGGAUAUUCAGGCUUAUAUUGUUGGAAAAUAAUAAUCAUGAUAAUGGCGAGCUACACAACCAAUAAACCAACCGAUACCAUA